GUGCCUGAAACAGGAUCAGCUGGCAGGACAGGCGUAAAGAACAGACUACAAUUUUAGGAUGUAACAGAAGAUAAACUGAAAGAUAACAGAAGAGUGGGACAAUGGGAAAUCCAGGAUAGAUGACUGUAGCGUGGCAAUAAGAAAAUACUGGCAUGACAUGUGAGGGAAUGAUAAAGAAAUGAUGAGAAUUGGGGAGUGAAGAAAAGAAGGAAGGUAAGGAGAAGAGCAGGAUAAAAGGGGUAGAGGAGGAAAACAGAAGAGGUAAAGGCAGGUGAAGCAGCGAAGGAGAGGAUGAAGUAACCUGACCACACAUAGUGAAAGAAAUGAAAUCAGAUAGGCAAGGAGUGACUAGGAGGUUGGCAAACAAAAAAGGAGGAAAAAUGGAGGGAGGGGGUCUGUAAUCUGACCCUCACUAUAAAGGUGUAUGGUGGUUGUUCAGAGCACUGUAUUCAUAGAUGAAGGGGACACAUAGACAGACUACAUCCUCAGAAGUCACAAUGAAUAUUCCUCUCAAGAUAAAACCCUCCACCCCUAAGCAUGAGUAGACCCCUAAUUAUGGCUCUGAUGCAUUAUCGGGUCCUGCUUAGUUAGAGAAAGACGUAUACUGAAGAAGCUAUAAGGCAUAUUUACCUGUACAGAUAUCUUUAAUAGAACAUCUACUGGUCAUAUUGGCCAAUUCACCGGCAUUUUCCACUGGUUUACAGAAGCAGCACUGCCAGAAGGACCUGCCAGAGAUACCUGCUGGAUAUUACACUGAAGUGACUGGUUAUACCUAACAUCCCUCUGAAUCUAAAUUCCACAGUGACCACCAGGAGCUGCAUCCUGUGUACCCAUCCACACCCUGAAACCUGCCUCUGGUUCUAUCAAAUAUUUCAUCCUGUCCCUGUAUUAUAGUCUUUUACUGAACACACCUGGAUCAUACCUCUCGUUGCAUUCUGUCAAAUAUGAAGCCCAUGCAGAGGUUCUUGCAGUUGCCAGUGACAGCUGUCAAUAUGGUAAAGAAUCACCGAUCAGAGGAGGCAAAGAGCCCUGUUCUGACCCCAGAUGGGGGAGUCCAAACAUUUUACAAUGCACUACAAGCAGAUGAGCUGAAAUUACUCAAAUCUACGAAAGCAGACACCGAAAGCAGCAUGGAAAACAGUGGAUCUAGCUCUCAUUGUCAGCCUGUGCGACAUGAUGACUUAAAAGAAAUGCUGGACAGCAAUAAGGACUCUCUGAAGUUGGAAGCCAUGAAGAGGAUUGUUGCGAUGAUAGCUCGAGGAAAGAAUACGUCAGACUUGUUUCCAGCUGUUGUGAAAAAUGUGGCCUGUAAGAACAUAGAGGUGAAGAAAUUGGUUUAUGUCUAUUUGGUUCGUUACGCUGAGGAGCAACAGGAUCUGGCUCUUCUCUCCAUCUCCACCUUUCAGCGAGGAUUGAAGGACCCCAAUCAGCUGAUCCGUGCCAGCGCCCUGCGUGUUCUGUCCAGUAUCCGUGUGCCAAUCAUUGUGCCAAUUAUGAUGCUUGCGAUAAAGGAAGCUGCUUCAGACAUGUCUCCCUAUGUGCGUAAGACCGCAGCACAUGCUAUACCCAAACUGUACAGCUUGGACUCGGACCAGAAGGACCAACUCAUCGAAGUGAUAGAGAAACUGCUGUCUGACAAAACAACACUGGUGGCAGGCAGCGUAGUGAUGGCUUUUGAAGAAGUCUGUCCUGAGCGUAUUGAUCUAAUCCAUAAGAAUUACCGCAAGCUGUGUAACCUGCUGAUUGAUGUGGAGGAGUGGGGCCAGGUGGUUAUCAUCAAUAUGCUGACGCGAUACGCAAGGACCCAGUUUCUGAAUCCAAAUAAAAAUGAGUCUCUACUCGAGGAAAAUCCAGAGAAAGCUUUCUAUGGCUCAGAUGACGAUGAAGGGGGCAAAGAAGAGAAGUCAGAACCAUCUUCCCUGGUGAAACGCAAGCCGUAUGUUAUGGACCCAGACCACCGCCUCCUCCUCCGCAACACAAAACCCUUACUACAGAGCCGCAAUGCUGCUGUAGUUAUGGCGGUGGCACAAUUAUAUUUUCACCUGGCACCAAAAGCAGAAGUUGGGGUUAUAGCAAAGGCUUUGGUUCGGUUGCUACGCAGUCACAGUGAGGUCCAAUACGUAGUCCUUCAGAAUGUGGCAACAAUGUCCAUCAAGAGAAGGGGAAUGUUUGAGCCAUACCUUAAAAGUUUCUACAUCCGAUCCACUGACCCAACCCAGAUUAAGAUCUUGAAGUUGGAGGUCCUGACAAAUCUGGCUAAUGAGACCAACAUUUCCAUCAUACUGCGAGAGUUCCAAACUUACAUCCGCAGCAUGGAUAAAGACUUUGUGGCUGCUACAAUACAGGCCAUUGGUCGAUGUGCAACUAACAUUGGUAAAGUCCGUGACACCUGCCUGAAUGGACUGGUGCAGCUGCUAUCAAAUCGGGAUGAGCUGGUGGUAGCAGAGUCAGUGGUGGUUAUCAAGAAAUUGCUACAAAUGCAGCCAGCGCAGCACAGUGAGAUAAUCAAGCACAUGGCCAAGUUAACCGACAAUAUUCAGGUGCCUAUGGCUCGAGCCAGUAUCCUGUGGCUGAUUGGUGAGUACUGCGAACAUGUGCCUAAAAUAGCUCCUGAUGUACUGAGGAAGAUGGCCAAGUCCUUCACUAAUGAAGAAGAUAUUGUUAAACUACAAACCAUAAACCUUGCUGCAAAGCUGUAUCUGACUAACUCUAAGCAGACAAAGCUCCUUACUCAGUAUGUUCUGAAUUUGGCCAAGUAUGACCAAAAUUAUGACAUCAGAGACAGAACAAGAUUCAUCCGCCAGUUGAUUGUCCCCGUAGAAAAAAGCGGAGCACUCAGCAAGCAUGCCAAAAAGCUCUUCCUGGCACAGAAACCUGCACCUAAACUGGAGUCUUCAUUUAAAGAUAGGGAUCAUUUUCAGUUGGGCUCCCUCUCUCACCUACUGAAUUCCAAAGCUGUUGGGUACCAGGAGCUCCCGGAUUGGCCGGAGGAGGCUCCCGAUCCAUCUGUGCGCAACGUGGAGGUGAAGGAAGCUGAAGGAGAAGACACUGAACCCGUAGAGAGCCAUAUCAGCCUCCUGGGGAAGUGGAAAGAGGUUCCUGAGUGGACCAAGUGCCCUAGUAGAGAGAAGAGGAAGGAGAGGGAGGAGAAGCCAUUUUACUCUGACUCUGAUGGCGAAUCAGGACCAACUGAAUCCGCAGACAGUGAGCCGGAGUCCGUGAGUGAGUCAGAGAGUGGCAGCGGUAGUGGUUCUGGGUCAGAAAGUGAGGAAGAGGAAGAGAGUGAAGAGGACGAGGAGUCUGAGAAGGAUGAGAAGAAAAAGACAAGGAAGAAAGAACCACCGAGCGAGGGCAGUGAUGAAAGUGAACAGGAGCAGAAGGGGGCCUCCAGGGGGAGAAAAAACCCUGCAAAGACAUCCCAAAAAUCUGCGUCAGAGGACAGCAGCUCGGAGAGCAGCCAGUCUGACAGUGAGUCUUCCUCAGAAGAGGAUGAUGAGGAAGAGAAAGAGGAGUCCCAGCCUGAGCCUAAGAAGAAGAAGAGUUCUUCCGUUACCAAACCAGUAAUAAAGAAGACCAAGGAGUCAAAGGAGAUGUCAUUGCUGGAUCUUGAUGACUUCUCUGCCCCUACUGUUCCACUGGUAACUUCAGGAAGCAUUGGCUCAUCCAGCCUGGUGACUGACCUGGAAGGAUUGUCCUUAACAGAUACGUCUCUGACCCCAACCGUAAUUAGUCCAAUAUUCUCCUCUGGGCGGACCUUUGAGUUGCUGCACCGUAUGACAGGGGAGGGUAUCUCUGUGGAAUAUAUAUUCAGUCGCCAGCCCUUUACUCCAGAUCAUCGGAUGGUGUCCGUGCAAAUGCAUAUUUCUAAUAACUCUGAGAGUGAGGUGCGGAAUAUCCGUAUAUGUGAACCCAAGUUGCUCUCUGGAAUGAGGAUACAAGAGUUCCAGGAAAUAGAAUUACUGCCUCCUGGAGAAAGUGCCACUGUUAUACUGGGCAUUGAUUUCAGUGACUCCACGCAAGCUGCCAACUUCCAGCUCUGCACACACACUCGUCAGUUCUAUGUGUCCAUCCAGCCACCGGUGGGAGAACUCAUGGAACCUGUUUUUAUGAAUGAAAAUGAGUUCAAGAGAGAGCAGGGUAAGCUCACUGGUAUGAAUGAGAUCACAGAGCGGUUGUCAGUGUCUGGGAAAUAUCACAGUGACCACGUCAUAGUACAGAGAGUCAUAUCUGCUGCUAACAUGAACCGUGUCCCAUGCGGUGCUGAUAAAGAAUACAGAUUUGCUGCUAAGACAGUGACCAGUGGAACUAUUGUCCUGGUGACUUUAACUCUGAAGGAAGCUGAUUCAGCAUUGUUGACCAUCAAUAGCGAGAAAAUGGUGAUUGCAACCAUGUUAGCAAAGGACAUUGUGCAGGCACUGACACAGUGAUGUUCCUGAUACACCUAGCAACACAAAGUGACCUUGUGACAUUGGUGUAACCUUUGACACAAGUUCACUGAGAGACUGAUAUGAUGUAUGAGAUGCGUGACCUCUGCUAUGUUUACCACUGCUGAUAACACAAUUUAUUUCAAUAACAGUUUCCCUCCACAAAUCCCAGUAGCUACAGGCUACAGUCUGCAAUAUCCCUACAUUACAAGGAGUGGAAUGGUACUGCACAAAGGUUAGCUUCUUGGGUAUAAAGCCACUUCAAUCGGGCAAUUGUCAUAAGUACAGCAAGUAUUUGCAACAAUGAAACCAAAGCAUUAAAUGAGCAUGGCAUGAAUAUUCUUCUGCCUCUGUAUGAUCGUUGUUCUUCUAGCUAGUUCCUUAUUAAAUAUGACUGAGACUGAGUAUGGCAAUUAAUCAAGAUCUUUAUGUAUCCAGAUUAUUAUUAUGAUUAUGAUUACAGAAUUUGGGCCUGAUUCUGGCUCGCACUCAAAAGCGAAUGCAGCAGCUCCUAUUGGUGGCCGCCGCUAGGGGAGUUUAUGCAGAUGCAGCUUCAAACUCCUUCCCUUGUGUACAUCUGUGCGGCCAAAUGUGCAAAGACUGAGACGCCCGCUUUUAGCUCCCAAGAAUGCUGUAAUACCUAUUGAUGCAUCCUUAUACGUCACUAUCAGGUGCACCAUAACAAAUUGCACCAGCCCUGUGGCAGGUGCAGUUUCUAUGUCUAUCCACGGCCUCCUAUGCUUGAACGCAGCUGCUUGCAUUGACAUGCCUGCGACCCAAAAUAUGCCCACUGAAUGGACCAUUUUUGCGUGCUCCACUAACCACCACACAAAAACGCCCAUGACUUUUCCACCACUUUCUUAUACUGCCUGAAUCGAUUGCAACAGCGCCUCUGCAUGUACACUCUGCAUAACGCAUGCGUUGUAGGGGUUUCCAGAACUUUUGCACAUGUGCAGUUGCAAAUAAAUGCUCAACUAGGGGAAUAUCAGCAUUGCGUGCCUUGAAUGGCCUUCAGUUACAAACCUUGGGACUGUAUGUAGAAUUGUACGGAUGGCAAGAUGUGACCACACGUACAGUAAGUGUGCACCUGGUUUGCUACUAGUCAUAAUCAUCAUCAUUGUGAGUGCAUACUUGCACCACCUAUACCAGGCACAAAAGAUGCACCAGGCAUAUUUACACUUAUUUCUUACUGCGCACAUAGGUGGUCAUUCCGAGUUGAUCGCAGCAGCAAUUUUGUUAGAAGUUGGGCAAAACCAUGUGCACUGCAGGUGUGGCAGAUAUAACAUUUGCAGAGAGAGUUAGAUUUGGGUGGGGUGUGUUCAAACUGGAAUCUAGAUUGCAGUGUAAAAAUAAAGCAGCCAGUAUUUACCCUGCACAGAAACAAAAUAACCCACCCAAAUCUAACUCUCACUGCAAAUGUUAUAUCUGCCCCCCCCCCCUGCAGUGCACAUGGUUUUGCCCAAUUGCUAACAAACUUGCUGCUGCGGUCAACUCAGAAUUACCCCCAUAGUUCUCACUUAACUUUGCCUGUGAGAAUGACUGUUACAGCGCAGUUACAGCUCUGUAGAUGCAAUCAAAUUGCGUAUGACCCUGCAUUGUCCAUACUUGAGUACACUCAGUUACAGAGCAUGUGCAGAGCAAUGACAACGCAAGAUUUGCUCAGUAAACAUGCGUAUGCUCAACUCUGAUGCCCAAGCCUUUAUAAAUAUUGUCCCAGGCAAGUACAGUGUUCCUGCAAGAAAUUAUGGGGCAGAUGUAUUAAGCCUGGAGAAGUGAUAAAGCAGUGUGAUAAGUGGAAGAUGAUCACACACCAGCCAAUCAGCUCCUAACUGCCUUUUUUUAAACCACAUCCACUCGCAGCGACUAAUGACACUGCAUUACUGUCUGGUGCAUCUUUCCAAACUGGCACCAGCCCUAUGUCAGGUGUAGUUUCUCCGUCUGAGUAUGGCCUCCUGUGUGAGUGGCUUGGUGCCUCGGUACACAACCGCUCUCAGCGACAUGCCAGCGACAGUCCCAUAAGAUAUAAAAUCUCCAUGCAUCUAUUUAGCCACCCCUUGUUCUCUCCCAGUCACCGUUCUGGAACACCUCUUACAUUUCAUUUAAGAGCUACUGUGCUCUUAAAUUAGUUCCGUGACUCUGUACUUACAUAAUCGGGACGCAUGCGCAGGGUGAAUCAAAUGCAUAUGCUGACCAAAAACAUUGCGCCACUGUAUCCAACAUCCCAGCUGCAAUUAUCAUUAAGUGUAUGGUACUUAAUGAUCGUUCACAGCCUGAAAACAGCUGAAAAAGAGGAUGGUUCAUUUGGCUUUCAAAUCUGUUCAAUCUACCCGACCAUUGUUAAGCCAACUGCAGGCUGUGAAUGUAAAACACCUGCAUACAUCGUGUAGCGCAGACCUGGCCAACCUAUGGCUCUCCAGCUGUUGUUAAAUUGUAAGUCCCAGCACUGUUAGGGAAUGCUAAAACUGUGGCAAGGCAUGCUGGGAUGUGUAGUUUCACAACAGCUGGAAAGCCACAGGUUGGCCAGGUCUGGUGUAGUGUGUGGAGGCACUCUAACUACUGGGCAGUUCGCUUCUCCCCUGUCCCUGUCAGCUGGUCUUCUUAAUGUGCCGUGUAUGGCAAGCAAAGGUCCUAACUGUAGAAGUUAAUACAUUCAGCUCUCAGUAAUAAAAAUAUCUCUGUUGUAGACACCUAUAUUAAUGGUAAUAACUAAGCGAUGAUCCCUCAGUUGAUGCAGCACACUGAUUAGGUGUUACAGUGUGACAGUUGUAGAUUAUUUUCUCCUGAAGUGACUUGAGUGGCUUCUUACUGCCUUCUAGUCCAGUGUAUUGUACUGUUUCCAGUGUAAGUAAUUACAUUUAUUUAUUCAUUUUUGUUGACAUAAUAAAGUCCAAUGUGAACAUCCAAAA